AUGCCUGGAUUAUUAGGACUAUCGGCUGUAACCCUGCUGGGUGCAGGAACUCAGGGGACCCGACUUGCCUUCAUGUGGUCGCGACUGGGAAGGCCUGUCUACCUCGUUGAUAAGAACCCGACACAAUUGAUUCGGGCACGGCAGGAAAUCGAGCAACUGAGAACCAAUACGCCAUCGCUGGCCGAACCCACCCAGUGGGGAGAAGUCAUCUGUUCCCCGGCUAAUGAUCUCACGGCAUCGCUUUCCAAAUCCUGGCUUGUUGUGGAGUGCCUUCCGGAAUCCUUGGCCCUAAAGCGAUCUAUCAUGCAGCAACUCGGAGACCAGGCUGGACCAGGCACAAUCGUUGCGUCCAACUCCAGCAGCUAUGAUAUUGUAGAGCUCAUGCAUGGGCUAAAGACGAAGCAUCCUAGCAAUUUCGUCAGUUUGCAUUCCUACUGGCCUCCGGAAACCCCAGCAAUCGAGAUCAUGGAAUCGACCGAGACUAAUAGCAAGAUCAUAUCGCUACUGAUGGAGCAAACAAAAGCUCAUGGGUUUGACCCGUUCCAUGUCCGACGCCCUUCUACAGGCUAUAUUUACAACCGGAUCUGGGCGGCUAUCAAACGCGAGACGCUUCUCGCAUUGUCUGAGGGGGUAGCAACGCCCGCCGAGAUUGACUGCAUAUUCAAGUCGGUAUUAAAGACCCUAAAGGGUCCUUGUGAGCAAAUGGAUAUUGUGGGCCUGGAUGUAGUACUGGAUAUUGAGAAGCAUUACGCCGAGCUUCGCCCGGGGCUUCCCGAAGAGCCGCGGAAGCUGCUACAGGAAAUGAUUGCCCAAGGGAAAUUGGGGGUCAAGUCAGGCACCGGCUUCUUUGAGCACGGAACAGAAAGGAAGCGUGCGUGA